GGUGAGCCACAGCCACCCCCUGCCUCUGCAGGAGACCCUCCAACACUAGCAGGAAUUCCUCCUCCUGUUGCCGGAACCCCAGGUCGGGAAGCCGGACGUGGGGCUCAGAACCUUCACUCCAGUGGGCGGACUCCUGUGGUAUAAGUGUUCUUCCAUUUUGUCUUCCUGUUGAUGACUGUUCAGCAGCUAAUUGGGAUUCUGAUGCUCUCACAAGAGGGAGUGAGUGCACGUCCUUCAACUCCGCCAUCUUGAACCAAUCUGAGUGGAUGGUGUUUAAGGCCAUGUGCCUGGAUGUGAGGCGGAAGGUGGACAGAGGAUGGCAGCAGUCAGGACUGAGCCCUGGAACACUCCACUGGGUGGAGACCUCCACUCCCUGCCCUGGUUCAUAAAUGUCUCUGAGAGCCAGGGACCUGGCACCAUCCUUCAGUCUUUCUCCUUCAACUGCUCUUCACACACACCCACCCUGGAGUUGCUCCAUGUGCAGCCACCCACCACCUUCUUCAACCCGCCUAGCCUAACUAGAUGGCAGGGGAUCUAUGUGGGCAAGAUGACCUUGAGCAGCUCGGCCCGGCUGGAUGCCCUGACAGUGAACCACUAUGAACUGCAGCUGCGGUUCACAUGUGGCAACCAUGUGAUGGAGGGGCCACUCUCUGUGGAUGUGCAGCGGGACCCUGGCCAUAUCCAGUGUGCUGGUCGAUUUGCCAGCCCAGCUGGGGAAAUCAUUCAGGUGCCAGAAACUGUCAAACCUGGGGCCCGGCUGUACACUCUGCUGCUCCCAGGCCAGGGAGCCCAGAUAAGCAUCACCAGUGCCCAGGAUCCGCCAUACUUCCCUGGACCUUUCUCUAUCAAUGGGCAGGGUUGGCUGCAGGCGCCAUCCCAGGGCCUCAAAGGCCAGGCUCAAAAGGUCUUCCAGCUUCAGAUCCUGGUGAACUUUGGACAAGGCCGAAGCUGCUGUGGGAUGCUGACAGUGAAAGUUUUGCCUGCUCCCUCCAGCCAGGUCUCCUUCCUGCAGCAAGCCCAGAAUAUCACCAUCCCGGAGAACCUGGUCCCCGGAAGUAAGGUGGUUCAGGUCCAGGCCCGGGGCUUCGAUGUGCGCUACGAGAUCCUCUCCCCAGUGCCCUGCCGGCUCUUCUCCAUCGGACGCGUCGACGGAGUGGUCCGGACAACGUCGCCCCUGGAGCUGGCGCAAGCCCCAGACGCCGCGGUCACUAGGCUGCGGGUGAAGGCCUUUGAGCGUCUCCGGCCGUGGGCCAGCGCCGAGCUUGAUUUCAAGGUGGACGUGCAGUCGGUCAACCGCUGGCCCCCGCGCUGCACACCAGCGCUGCUGGCGACUCAAAUCCCCGAGACCACGCCUGUGGGCACCGUGCUGAAUACCUUCACUUGCACUGACCCGGACUCUCCUGGCUCCACCCUGGACUACCAGCUACUGUUCCACAGCCCUGCUGGCGCAGCCAGCCUCUGCCUUCAAGACAGAGUCCUGGAGGUGAAUGCCACACUGGACUGUGACACGCCUGGCACCUGCUUUCAUCAUGCAGCUUCCAUUCUGGUGCUUGAUGGUGGUCAGCCUCUGAUGACCACUGAGGUGCCAGUACUGGUGAUGGUGACACCUGUCAACGAGUUCUCCCCAGCCUGUGUCCCACGCACAUUCCGGGUUCGUGAGGAUGCAGGGCCCCACGCUCUUCUGGGCUCUGUGGUGGGCAAGGACAUGGAUUACCCGCACGACAGCAUUGAGUACUCCAUCCCUGGCGGGUCUGCCACUUUUGCUGUGGACCGUCUCAGCGGGGAGGUUCGCCUCCUGGGGCCUUUGGACUAUGAGCUGCAGAAGUUCCACAGGCUCACUGUCCUGCUGACUGACCAUAGCCAAGACCAGGACCCCACCUGCCACCGCUCAGGCUCUUGCACAAUUACCAUUGAGGUGGAGGAUGUGAACGACCAUGCCCCCGAGUGUGAGCCCCCAUUUCAGGAGCUCACCAUCCACACUCACCUGGGCCGCAGCAUGGAGGUGACCAGGGUGUCAUGUCGGGUGCCCCAAGAGCCACAGCGCCUGGCUUUCUCCUACAGCAUUGUGGGAGGGAAUAGUUGGAGCCAAUUCAGCCUGCAAGGAGCUGUCCUGGUGCUCAACGACCUCACGUUGGGGCCCUCCUGGCCAGAGCAGCCCCAUACUUAUGAGCUAUUGAUCCGUGUGGCCGAUGCAGGUCCCUCCACCCCCCACCUCAGCACCACAGCCACUGUCAUUGUGCAUCUAGUUCCCUGGAGGGCCAGCACAGUGGCCACCAGCACCCACAGAGCCACAGUGACUUCAAUGAUGACACCUCUGCUUGUGACAGACACGGAGGCUUUCUGGCAGCCGGAGCCCUGGUUUGUGGUGGUGCUGACAGUGACCAGUGCCCUUCUCCUCUUGGCUCUGGGCUGGCUCCUCAGCAGGCUCCUGUGGGGGUUGGCCCAGGUGCUACAGGUACCAAGCAAACCAACCCAGGCUCUACUGCUGAACAGUAUCCAGGGAACUGAGGGGUCCGUUGAGGGGUUCAUGGAGGCACCGAGGAUGGAGACACCCCAGGCACCCAGCAGUGUCAUGAGCCUGCAGUAUUUUGAUGGCAGAGCACAGGACCCCCGUGAGUCCCCCUCUUUCCAAACCAUUCUCUACUUGGGCCCACUUUCUUUCCAUACCCCAUUUCAAUAUCUCUGCCUCCCACCAGGCAUCCUAUCUACUGUUUCCCUGAAUGGGGUCUCUUCUCACCCCCACUCACCCCUCAGCCAGUGUUUGCCAAACACCUGGCGAACAUGAUCUGGUUCCUGCCCAUGGGGGAAAGGGGGAAAGGUGGUGAGGGAAGAGGCCCCCAAAUGCUCCACUGUCACCGUGAAUUAUAGCAGAGUAAUCUGGCACUGGGCUUAGGGGAGCUGGUGUCCAGUUUUGGGGAAUCAUGGUUCCUGUGCAUUUGAGCCAGACCUCAAAGGAUGUGCUGAGAAAGGAGGGAGGGGACAAGCUGGAUCAAGCAGAAGGGAGGGGGUCACACCAAGGGUGCUGGAAUACCUUUCCCUGUCCUUAGGGGAUGGAGGUAGUUCUGCUGAAGCCAGCAGUACCCUCCCUCUCCCCUGACCAUCUGAGCUCAGGUACAGGCAGAGAUUACCUGUUCAACACGCACACAGGAGCCCGGCGCUGGCUCUGAGGCCAAGAAGCUGCAUCAUAUUUGUGGAAUUUCUUCUUCACAUGAUUAUGUGUUUUCA